CUGAUCAGGAACCUGAAACGUCAUCGUCAGCAGCUGGCCUCUAGGGGGCUCUGAGGCGCCGAGAAACGCCCACAGGAGAAGGAGAAGAAGAGCAUUCCGGUAACAAUGGCGGCCCCCGUGGAUCUGGAGCUGAAAAAGGCCUUCUCAGAGCUGCAGGUGAAGAUGAUGGACACGCAGCAGAAGGUGAAGGUGGCCGACCUGCAGAUCGAUCAGCUGGGCAGAGUCCAGAAACACACCAAGCUUACGCAGGCAGAGAUCUCCUCCUUGCCCAGUAACACGAGACUCUACGAGGGCGUCGGCCGAAUGUUCAUCCUGCAGUCGAAGGAGGAGAUCAAUGACCUGCUGACGGACAAACAGAAGACGGUUGACGAUAAGAUCAAAGAGCUGGAGCAGAAGAAGGUGUACCUGGAACGCAGCGUGAAGGAGGCUGAGGACAACAUCAGAGAGAUGCUGCUGUCCAGGAGGGCACACUGACCAAUCACCUUCACUUCCUGCUCACAAUAAACACAUUAAACCCCA